UGAUAACCAAGGACUUUGCUCAUUUCAAGAACUAAGAACUAAGUUUUGCUUACCAGCAUCAUCAUAUUUUAUCUUUUUUCAGUUACGUUCUGCUCUCAAGGCCUAUGGAGUUCCCUGGGCAUCCCUCAUUUCCUCUCAUCCUACCUGGGACUGGAUCGCAACAUGCUCUGUCCCCAAAAAGCCCAAAAUCACUGGACUUAAUGACUAGACCUGUCACUCUCAGACACAAGCGUAAGAUCCAGGAGCUUGGACAUUACCUCCGGUCAUACUGCCAUGAUGACCAGCACAGCUGGAGCCACUUCCUCCCUUGGGCCAAGUGCACCCAAAACUCACUCCGCCAAGACACCACUGGGCUGACUACUUUCCAGUGCAUACUCGCUUUCCAACCCCAACUUCCAGCUGUGGACUACUGGUUCAGAGUGAGCGAGAGAGUGUGGCACUCAGCUCGCAUCCACCUCCAGUGUGCUGUGUGGAGGCACAAGACCUUCACAGUUGCCCAUGGCUCCAACACCCCCACAUACCAACCAGGGGAUAAGGUAUGGCAGUUGCCCAUGGCUCCAACACCCCCACAUACCAACCAGGGGAUAAGGUAUGGCUGGCCACCCGGGAUCUGCGCCUCCACCAGCCAUGCAGAAAGUCCCUGCUAUAUUGGUCCAUUCCCCAUACAGAGGCAGAUCAAUGAAGUCACCUACCAGCUACAACUUCCACCCAGGUACCACAUUCACCCUACCUUCCAUGUUUUCCUCCUUAAACGAUUCUCUCCAUCUGCAACAGGACCCACUAAGCCGGGAGCACCUCCUCCUCCAGAAAUCCUGGACCCGCCAUCCAUCUACCAGGUUCAGGACAUUCUGGAUUCACGGCGACGGGGUGGUUGGCUAGAGUACCUGAUUGACUUGGGAAGGAUACGGGCCAGAGGAAAGAUCCUGGGUGGCCCAGGACGAUGUGCUUGA